AUGGCAUGGAAAUGUAGCGGGAGAAGCAAUGAAGAGCUGAUUGACAAUCUGCUCAAAGAAGGACUCAUACAGGCGCCACUAGUUGCAGAGGCCAUGCGCAAGGUGGACAGGAGGAACUAUGUUCCCGACGUUCAGCUGGCGUAUCAAGACUCCCCUCAGAUCAUAGGAUACGGCGCUACCAUAUCCGCCCCGCACAUGCACGCGCUCGCAUGCGAGAACUUGCUGCCUUUGCUUCAGCUUGCGGACAAGGAAGCGGGUGCUAUCCUGGACGUAGGGUGCGGAAGUGGUUACUUGACGGCAGUACUGCAUCAUCUCGCCCCUAGCGCGACCGUUGUGGGGAUCGACCAUAUCCCCGGCUUGACCCAGAUGUCGCGAAUGAAUCUGGCGAAGGAUGGCUUGGCGGUAGACUCUGAUGAUGCGCGCAUACGUAUAGUCACCGGAGACGGUCGAAGAGGACCAUAUCAGGUCAUCCAUAUUGGAGCUGCUGCCCCCGAGAUACCUCAAGAUCUGGUCGAUCAGCUAGCUAAGCCAGGUCGGAUGUCUAUACCGGUCGGGACGGACAGACAAGGCAAGGCUGACUAUACAGAUAUUUGGCAAGUCGACAAAUCGGCGGAGGGAGAGGUGACCAGGACCAAGCUCUUCGGGGUCAGGUAUGUCCCUCUCACGGACGCUGAUAGUCAAUGGCAGGAAUGA